AUGUCGGGACGGGCCGAGACGCGAACCCCUGAACCGCCCGACCGCGACGAACACGAAAAGUCACCGCCACGAUUAUUGAGACCGAGACGCACCACCAGACCGCGUAACAACUAUGGCCAAGAGCAAGAAACCGACAUCCAGCAGAGAAAUGCGCGCUUCCAGCAGAAGAAGAGAACCCGGGGCAAGCCAGUAGCCCAACGUGAAGCGGUGACUUCGGACGACGCGUCGACUGAGAGCGAUGACACGAACGCCGCCAAUCUUGUGAAAGAGCUUGUGAAACUUAGGAGAGACAUCAAACGGCGAGAUGAUUCGCAUAGAGAGGAGAUGCAGAAAGUGCAAGAAGAAUUGCAGAAAGUCAAGGAAGAAUUUAGCGCCGCCCUUGCAGAGGUUCAACAGGAGCUGCAGACCUUGGCAGAGAGACCCCUUCCCGAACCAUGCGCGCAGAACGGCCACGAUGAGAUCCUUCGCGAAAUCCAAUCCUUACGCGAAGAAAUCAGCACCCCCGCUCCCGCAAGCUCCCCGUCCUAUGCAGAUGUCGCCCGUACCCCCCCACUCAGUCACCCGAGCAACAUACGGACUCUUUCAACGUCGAACACUACACCAACCACUUUCACCGACACGCUGUACUGCACGAUAGACACCUCGAAGAUGACCGAAAGCGAAAGUGAGAAGGCAUCCGCGGGUUCAAUCAGGGCCACAAUCGAGACAGAGAUCCGGAAGAUGGAUGAUCACACUCACUGGCGCUGCCGCGCGGUCACUGUAAGUCCAAGAGAUACCAACCGGAUCAGAAUCGCGUGUCGCGAUGAAGCCGAACACCAGCUAGUGAAGAAAGUGGCGGAAGCAAAGAUCGGUGCGGGAGCUCGGGUGCUUCGGGACGAGCUCUACCCGAUCAAGGUCGACAGCGUCAAGAGGACCGCAGUACUGGAUGAGAACGAUGAAAUUCUGACAGGAGCGGCGGCAGCCCUGGGUGAGGAGAACGAAACUACUGUCGCCAAAAUGACGUGGCUGAGCAGCAAGGAAACCACAAAGCCCUAUGGAUCGAUGGUCGUGUACCUAACCAAAGGGACUGAUGCACGGAGGCUCCUGGCCGAUGGAUACUUCCAUGUCGGAGGAGAAUCCGGGACAACUAGCGUUUUUGAGUAUCGACCACGACCGGUGCAAUGCUACAACUGCCAGGAGAUUGGUCACAAGGCAUUCCAAUGCAAGAAGAUCCAGAAUGCGUUCCAUGCGGUGGACCACACGAAUCGUAUAGCAAGAACUGCCGGAAACUCUACCCGUCACGUCAUGAAUAGAACACUCCGGAUAAUCCAGCUGAAUGUGAGGAAACAGGGAGCAGUGCAUGAAAGCCUAAUGAACGACGAAGAUACUCAAAACGCAGUGGCGUUGGCGAUCCAGGAACCCCAGGCGAGGAGGAUUCAAGGCCGGCUCUUGACCACCCCGAUGGGACAUCACAAAUGGACCAAGAUCGUGCCCUCCACCUGGAGGGAAGGGAGAUGGGCAAUCCGAAGCAUGCUUUGGGUCAAUAGGGAUGUGGAAGAGGAGCAAGUGCGGAUCGAGUCGCCAGAUCUGACAGCGGCCGUGAUUCGGCUUCCCGAACGACUGGUCUUUAUAGCAUCAGUUUACGUGGAAGGAGGGGAGGCCUCUGCGUUGAGCGACGCAUGCGAUCGCCUGAGAAAGGCUAUCACAAAAGUACGGCGAGAUACAGGGACAGUGGUGGAGAUCAUGAUCACGGGAGAUUUUAACCGCCAUGAUCAACUUUGGGGAGGGGACGAGGUGUCCUUGAGUAGGCAAGGCGAAGCGGAUCCGAUCAUUGACCUCAUGAACGAAUUUGCACUCAGCAGCCUGCUCAAGCGAGGCACCAAGACAUGGCACGGCGGAGGACAGAGUGGGGACUGCGAGUCGACCAUCGACCUUGUCCUGGCCUCGGAAAACUUGACGGACUCCAUGACUAAGUGUGCAAUACCUGAGACUGACCACGGCUCGGACCACGGCGCCAUUGAGACUGUAUUUGACGCCCCGUGGCCGAUCCCAAAGUACCAGGAACGGCUUCUACUGAAGAACGCGCCAUGGAACGAGAUUAAUGCUAGAAUCGCGAGCACCCUGGCCGCCACUCCAUCGGAAGGCACAGUACAGCAGAAAACCGAUCGACUGAUGUCUGCGGUCUCGGACGCGGUGCACAAUUUAACUCCGAGAGCGAAGCCGUCGCCACACGCGAAGCGGUGGUGGACAACUGACCUGACACAACUGCGUCAUAUAUAUACGUACUGGCGAAAUCACGCUCGCUCGGAGCGACGGGCGGGGCGGAAAGUACCUCGGCUCGAAAAGACGGCUCAGGAUGCGGCGAAACAAUACCAUGAUGCCAUCCGUAAACAAAAGAAGAAGCACUGGAAUGAGUUUCUCGCAGACAACGACAACAUAUGGAAAGCAGCGAAGUAUCUAAAGUCCGGGGAGGAUGCGGCGUUUGGGAAAAUACCGCAGCUCGUCAGAGCAGAUGGGACUACCACCGCUGACCAUAUGGAGCAAGCAGAGGAGUUGCUAUCCAAAUUCUUCCCGCCCCUGCCGGACAACAUUGAAGAUGAAGGGACCAGACCACAAAGAGAGCCAGUGGAGAUGCCGUCCAUCACCCUGGAGGAGGUAGAGCGACAGCUUCUUGCAGCGAAAUCGUGGAAGGCGCCGGGAGAGGACGGCCUGCCGGCGAUAGUUUGGAAGAUGACGUGGCCCACGGUCAAGUACAGGGUCCUUGAACUAUUCCAGGCGUCGCUGGCAGAAGGCUCGUUGCCAAGACAGUGGAAACACGCGAAGAUCAUACCGCUCAAAAAACCGAAUAAAGAAAAUUACACCAUUGCAAAAGCAUGGAGACCGAUCUCACUCCUAGCGACACUGGGCAAGAUACUGGAAUCAGUAGUUGCAGAAAGGAUCUCACACGCGGUGGAGACCCACGGCUUGCUCCCGACCAGCCACUUCGGAGCCCGGAAACAGCGGUCCGCGGAGCAAGCACUCUUGCUCUUGCAAGAACAGAUCUACACGGCGUGGCGGGGCCGACGGGUGUUGAGCCUGAUCAGCUUCGAUGUCAAAGGAGCCUAUAACGGAGUGUACAAAGAACGAUUGCUCCAAAGGAUGAAAGCACGAGGCAUACCGGAGGGUCUGCUCCGGUGGGUUGAGGCGUUCUGCUCGGAACGAACGGCGAACAUCCAGAUCAAUGGGCAAUUGUCGGAGGUCCAAAGCCUGCCACAGGCUGGGCUACCGCAGGGCUCGCCCCUGUCCCCGAUCCUAUUUCUCUUCUUCAACGCAGACCUCGUGCAAAGACAGAUCGACAGCCAGGGAGGAGCAGUCGCUUUCGUGGAUGAUUUCACCGCAUGGGUGACCGGGUCAACCGCGCAGAGUAACCGGGAAGGAAUUGAAGCAAUCAUCAAUGAAGCGCUCGACUGGGAAAGGAGAAGCGGAGCGACCUUUGAAGCUGAAAAGACAGCUAUCAUACACUUUGCUCCCAAGACGCGUAAAUCGGACCACGAUCCGUUUACCAUCAAGGGACAGACGGUUGUACCCCAAGACCACGUCAAGAUCCUGGGCUUAUUAAUGGACACGAGACUCAAGUACAAGAUACAUAUUGCGAGGGCCGCUUCCAAGGGCCUAGAAGCAGCGAUGGAGCUUCGGCGACUUCGGGGCCUAACCCCAGCAUCAGCGCGGCAGCUAUUCACCUCGACGGUGGCGCCGGUCGUGGACUACGCCUCCAAUGUCUGGAUGCACGCGUGCAAGGAUAAAGCCAUGGGACCGAUUAACCGAGUCCAAAGAGUAGGAGCACAAGCUAUUGUGGGGACAUUUCUCACGGUCGCGACCAGCGUAGCAGAGGCGGAGGCCCACAUUGCCACUGCGCAGCAUCGAUUCUGGAGACGGGCCGUGAAGAUGUGGACGGACAUACACACUCUACCGGAAACCAAUCCUCUCCGCAGAAUGACAGAUCGGAUCCGGAAGUUCAGAAGAUACCACCGCUCGCCGUUGUAUCAGGUAGCCGAUGCGCUCAAGCAUAUCGACAUGGAAACACUGGAAACGAUUAACCCAUUUACGUUAGCCCCGUGGGAGGAACGCAUGCAGACCGAUAUUGAUCAACCGCAGGAUUUCCAGACCACAGCAGGCGUGUACAUGCAGAUCGCGGUCAGCAGCUCGGCUCGGAACGAGCUGGUCGGAUUCGGGGUGGCGAUCGAGAAACAGCCACCCCGGUAUCGAAAACUGAAACUGAAGACCCUUUCCGUCACAUUGGGUGCAAGAGCAGAGCAAAAUCCGUUCUCUGCGGAGCUAGCAGCGAUGGCACAUGCAUUGAACAUGGUAGUUGGACUGAAAGAUUACCGGAUUACACUGCUCACGAGCAACAAAGCGGCGGCUCUGACACUAAGGAAUCCUCGACAACAAUCAGGUCAGGAAUUCGUCUACCAACUGUACAAGUUGAUGAGAAAACUGAGGAGAAACGGAAACCAGAUCAAUGUCCGGUGGAUCUCAACGAGUGAAGACAAUAAACUGCGGGGUCUGGCCAAGGAACAGGCCAGAGCCGCGACACAAGAAGAUGCUGUCCCGCAAAAACAGGUCCCAAGGAUGAAGUCAACAACACUCAAUAUUGCACGGUCCCAAGCAGUCCCCAGCAAUGACCUGCCAGCGAAUAUAAGGAGACACGCAAAACGAGUUGAUGCAGCACUCCCAGGCAAACACACCCGGCAGCUGUAUGACCGAUUAUCGUGGAAAGAAGCGAGCGUGCUGGCUCAACUCCGAACCGGCAUGGCAAGACUCAAUGGAUAUCUAUAUCGAAUCAAAGUAGCAGACACGGACCAGUGUGCGUGUGGACAAGCGAUAGAGACCGUGGAGCACUUCCUAUUUCGAUGUCAAAAAUGGACGGCGCACCGGACGGAACUACUACAAUGUACUAACACCCACCGAGGAAAUAUAUCCUUCUUCCUAGGAGGAAAGUCGCCUUCCGAUGAUCAGAAGUGGACGCCGAACUUAGAGGCGGUACGGGCCUCAAUACGAUUCGCCAUCGCCACGGGCCGACUCGAGGCCACCUAA